AUGGACAAUAUUCGGACGCCGCCAUCUCUUACGCUGCUCUGGCGCGCUGCCUACUCCCUGCCUCCGAAUUCCAUGGCGGCUGCGGCUCCGCCUGCUGCGGAGCGAGCUACGGCAUCGCGAGCGGCAGAGUGGCCCGAGCUAUCGGCCGUUGAAGGGCUCAGCAGCAAUCUGCGCCUCCUUUCCGCUGACCAGAUCGACCUGGCCGGCAAGCUUGUCUCAUGCGGUCAAGCGCAUCUCUUCUCCCAUUGGCCGGAGCCUGGAAGCAAUGAUGACGACAAGCGGCGGUUCUUCGAGCAGGCAGCGCGGCUAGAUGCGAGCUACCCAGGGGGCCUUCCGCGCUACAUCAGCAAUGCGAGGCGACUGCUCGCGGACUCACGGGACGGAGUGAACCCCUUCCGUGGCUUCACCCCUUCCGUGCCCUCGGGCGUGCGCGUCAGGCUCGGCGACCCCGAGUUUGACGCGUUCGAGGCUCGGGGAAUGGCGGAGGCUCGGAACACUGCGUUUGUGCUGGUGGCUGGCGGCCUGGGGGAGAGGCUCGGUUACAGUGGCAUUAAGGUGAGGAGGAGAGAGGAGAGGCUGUGGGAUAGUGGCAUUAAGGUGGGGCUGCCAGCAGAGAGCACCACGGAGAACUGCUUCUUGCAGCUCUACAUUGAGAGUAUCCUCGCGCUGCAGCACGCCUCCAAUGCCCUCUCGCCAGGCGAGCCCCCGCGGCGCAUCCCGCUGGCCAUCAUGACAUCGGACGACACCCAUGCACGCACACAGGAGCUGCUCCGGUCGCACAGCUACUUUGGCAUGCACCCCGCCCAGAUCACGCUGCUCAAACAGGAGAAGGUGGCGUGUGUGGCGGACAACGAGCCACACCUGGCGCUGGACCCAAAGGACCCCUUCCUCAUCCAGACGAAGCCGCAUGGGCAUGGGGAUGUGCACAUGCUGCUGUAUCAGAGCGGUCUCCUGCCCUCAUGGAGAGCAGCAGGGGUGGAGUGGGUGCUCUUCUUUCAGGACACCAACGGGCUGCUCUUCAAGGUGGUGCCCAGCUCGCUGGGCGUGAGUGCGCUGAGGCAGCUGGAUGUAAACUCGCUGGCUGUGCCGCGCAAGGCCAAGGAAGCCAUUGGGGGGAUCGCCAGACUCACACACUCCGAUGGUCGCAGCAUGGUGGUGAGUGUGGAGUACAAUCAGCUCGACCCAUUGCUGCGGGCGUGCGGGCAUGAGGACGGGGAUGCCAACGACCCCUCCACCGGCUUCUCGCCUUUCCCAGGGAACAUCAACCAGCUGGUGCUGCGGCUGGGCCCCUAUAUAGAGGAACUCGCUAAGACGCAUGGAGUCAUUGGGGAGUUUGUCAACCCCAAGUACACAGACGCCACGCGCACGGCAUUCAAAGCAUCGACGCGUCUGGAGUGCAUGAUGCAGGACUUUCCCCAGGCCAUCUCUCCCUCCCGCUCUGUUGGAUUCACGGAAGCUGACGUGUGGCUUGCCUAUUCGCCCGUGAAGAACAAUCUCCGCGACGCCGUCGCCAAGCUGGCAGCCGGCACGCCACCUCACAGCGCCACGUCAGCAGAGCUCCACCUGUACCGCGCCAACUGUCUCAUCCUCAAGCACUUGGGCGUCCACGUGGCGGGCCCAAAGACCACCGUAAUUGCCGGGCAGGAGGUGGAGGUAUGGCCUCGUGUGGUGUGGUCUCCCCUCUGGGCUCCCACCCUCGCUGCCCUGCGCUCACACUUCCCCCACCCCGAUCAAGUGCGGAUCUCUGAGGACUCGACUUUUGUCGUUGAGGUGGAGGGGGGUGCGGAUGGAGGGGGAGGAGAGGGAACGGAGGUGGGGAGAGAGGGUCAGGAAGGGGAUGGGGCAGCAGGGGAGGCGGGGAGAGGGGAGAGGGAGGGGGAGGGGCAGCAGGAGGGGCGGGUGGAGGUGCAGAGCUUGCAGCUGGAUGGAGCGCUGUGGGUGAAGGCAGGGAGGGGCGUGACGGUGGUGCUGGAAGGGCUCCAGGUGUCGAACCGUGGUUGGCCGAUCGUGCAAGUGGACCUGGAGGAUACUGAGAUCCCUGAGUGGGUGCGAAUCCGUGGGUUCAGGAUUGACAGACAGGAGUGCAGGCGGGUGGAGGGGGGUGCAGGGGAAAGCGGGCGAGUGGUGGUGGUGAGAGAGUGA